UCCUCCUCGUUUCCUCCCUCCCUGUUUCCUCCCUCCUCGUUUCCUUCCUCCUCGUUUCCUCCCUCCCCGUUUCCCUCCUCGUUUCCUCCCUCCCUGUUCAGGACUCUAAUCCCUCAGAUUAGCGUCAGCAGGCAGCAGAUGAGCCGUUGAUCCGUCUGUGAGCUUCAGUCGCCAUGUGGACCCCGAGGACCAGCAGGACCAGCAGGACCAGCAGGACCGCGGUCCUGCUCUCAGUGCUGCUGGCUGCCUCGGCGUGGGCCUUCGUGGAGGAGCUCGAUGACACCUUCAUGGAGACGAGAGGAGACGACGACGUCUGGCUCAUCAAAUUUUACGCCCCCUGGUGUUCGUUCUGCAAACAGCUGGACCCGCUGUGGCAUCAGAUCGGAUCAGAACUCCGGAGGCAGGGCUCGCCGGUCAGCGUCGGUAAAGCAGACGCCACGGCCAGCACCGGUAAGACCUGA